AAGAAAAGACGUUAAACAAGAAUACAGAAAUAGGAAAGGGAUAAGUUUGAUUAGGAAAAAGGUGAAUGAUUUGUAUUCCCGUGUUGUUCCAACGUAGUACUACGUGGUGGCUCUAAAAAGAGCCAUGUUUUAUAAUAAUCUUCGGACUCCAGUAUUUUAAACAAUCUCCUUGCCGAUCGAUCACCUGCCUCACUGGAUUAGGGGUGAAACUGCACAAGGUGGCGAAACAUUUCUGGUUUGCUUCGAACUUCUUUCCAAAGAUCCUUCGUGUAUACUCAACCAGAGCUGUUUUCGUCUUCUCUAUCCGUUUGAUCGACAAUACUCGACGUUGGAAGUAACGGAUCUACGUCCAUUUCUUGGAUGAGUACUUCUGUUACGUUCUUUGGUUCUGUAGAUUUUCUCAAAUGUUUUUUUAAUUUUCGAUGAUCUUCUAAUGCAGUUUCGCCACCUUCCUGCCACAUCCUAACCCAAUGCCGUACCGUUUUUUCACUGCAAGGAAUUCGGUAACUAAUUUCUUCUACGCUAAGUCCUGCAUCCCAAAAUGCGGUGAUUCGCGCUCGUUUAACAAUGCUAAUAUUAGGAGCCAUUAUACUUUAUAUAAUUUAAAAGUAAGUUCAGAAAUACCACUGGCGCGAACAAAAUACUAAACUUCGAAGACUGAAGCACGCGAAGUGCGUAGUGAAUCAGAUAAAAAAGAAAUCCCUACCACCGUCGUGAAAAAAAAACAAUAAUCAGACAAGUGGUGGAAAACUACUGCUUCAACACUUCCCCUUUAUAAAGAAAACCUACGACCCGUUUAGCAAGAGAACAUGCAUGUUUCGCGCAACUUGGCUAACUUCAGCAGGCUUGUUUCUACCUACAACUCGGUCAGUCAUAUGCAUGGUGGACAAAAGUAUGAAAAAAUAUCAGUCAAUCACAAAAAUGUGAUGAUGUACGAAGUAUAGAAAAUGAAAGAUCACUGGGUAUAUAGACGGAGUGCUACACGAUCAUUAAUGCGCGUGCACGUUGCUCUUGAUUAUUAAGCAUUCUUCGGCCAAUCAGAAAUAACAUGUGCAGAAUCAACGAAAACUAGUCGACUGUCGAAUGUGUUCUCUCGUUGAACGGCCUAUAAAUACGCUUGCGCGUUGCAUUUGGUUAUGAAGUGUUGCGCAAAAUAAACAGAAACUUUUCGGAUGAGAAAUGUGACCUCCCGUUGAAUGAAUAAUAGCACUGUUUGAAUUUCAAACUACACGCAAAAGCACAACAAAUAUCUACCUGUGACAAAAAUAAAAGAGCAAAAAGAAAGAAUUGCAGUUUUUUGUUGGACAUUCGUAGACUUCUGCGAAAGAAACGUUGAAACUAUUCUUAUGUCAUGAAACUCCCAGCUACAAUCUUCAUUCUGACUUGAUUACAGCCUAACUUGAAUAGAGUCUUCUUAAUAAGACGGCAUGUUUGUAAGAGUCUGGUUGCGAAUUCUCACGGGGGAUGAAUGAGGAAGAAUUAUUGAAACGGUCUGCUGCAGAGCGAGAUAGAAUAUUUAGCUGCUACGACCGUGGUAGAGAAAAUGGAGCAGAAAUUGAUCCUUGGGAAGAUCCAACCUUUGAAGUUUAUCAUACCACCGACAGAUAUGGAUUCAUACAUGAUAAACGUUUACCACAAAAGCCAGACCCAAAUGAAAUUAAAACUCAUCGAGUGGAAAUGGAAAGAUUGAAAAAAUGGGAAAAAAUGACAAAGCAAUGGGAUAGUCCCUCAACUAAAGAAAAGUUAAGGCGCAGAGUAUAUAAAGGUAUUCCUAAUAGAUUUCGUGGGCAAGUUUGGGCAUUGUUGCUAGGUAUUAAAAAUUUGAAAAAAGAGCAAGCAGGUAAAUAUGAAGAGAUGUUACAACUUGCGCGACAAUGGUCCACUGAAAUAAGACAAAUUGAUGCUGAUGUGGCUAGACAAUAUAGAGAUCAUAUCAAUUAUAGAGAAAGAUAUAGCAUAAAACAACGAUCUAUGUUUUACGUCUUGGCUGCCUAUAGUAUGUACAAUAUGGAAGUUGGUUAUUGUCAAGGAAUGUCCGUGUUAGCUGGAUUACUUUUAUUAUACAUGGAUGAAGAAGAUGCAUUUUGGGGUCUUUCUGUAUUACUUGCAGACAAGAAGUAUACCAUGCAUGGAUUUUAUGUUGAUGGAUUUCCAAAAUUAAAUCGUUUUAUAGAACAUCACGAUAAAAUUAUGAAUAAAUUUUUGCCAAAAUUAAAACGAAAACUUGAUAAAUGUGGUUGCGAUUCUAUUCUUUAUGCAUUAAAGUGGUUUUUUGUUGUUUUUCAAGAGAGGACACCAGUAAGUCUUGGUCUUCGGAUUUGGGAUAUAUUUUUAUUAGAUGGCGAUCGUAUUUUACCAGCUAUGGCAUAUACAGUUAUGAAAAUGCAUAAACGUUUUCUUAUGCCAAUGGAAAGUUUAGAUGAAUUUUGUAAUUAUUUACAAAUUAAGUUAGAAAAAGACUUUUGUUUCGACGAUGACACAGUGAUAAGCACCAUGGAACGUAGUAUGGAAGAAUUAAAACGUUCUAAGCUAGAUUACCCAGGCCCUCCCUUGCCACAUGAGUUACCACGAAUUCCAUUUGGUACAUUCAAAGAACCUUCAUUUGCGAGUAAGGUUGGUAGGCGUACCGAAGAAUUUAGCGAAGCACAACAUGUGAUGCGUGAGUCUAUAACACAGCGCAGAGACAUGGUAGUAGUCGCUGACGAUGAUAGAGAAAGUACAACACCAGUUGAACAAACCAGUUGUGGUCUUGGCGGAAGCAAAUUCUCAUUUGAUCCAAGUCUUGAUGAUGGGGCCUCUCCCAAUGGCUCACGUCGGUCAUUGGCAGAUACAUCAGUUACCUCGACAGCUGAUCUUUCUGUAUUUAGUUCGGCGACACGGUCUCAAGCGUUAGAUAAUAGUCUUGAUACUCAAAGUAAUAUUUCUAAUGCUAGCUCUGGCAGUGGUGGCUUGCCCACACCCAGAGCGACACCUCAUCAACCAAGUCCAGAUGUUGUACGAAUUUAUGUACCAUACACUUCACCUAUAUCUGGUUCGUAUAAAGACGAUCUUCCGCGUACCCUCCCACGAUCUUUAGAAACCAACAGAAUCCGCAUAAGAGUUGACCCUGAUCAAACACCGAUAGUAGAAAAUCUGAAACCAUUUUCUUUAGAAAAUCCAGAAAUCGAACUAGAUUUGAAAUAAUUAAUAUAAUUAUUUUUACCGCGAUAGUUAUAUAAAUUAUACAAGGAAAUUAAUUCAUGACAUUACAAUUAGUAUUAAAAGUAGAUUUAGGUAAACAGAAUUCAAUCUUUUGUUUUAUCUAUGUCUAUAUUGUAAUAUACGUAGAGACGAGAUAGCGAAGAAAAAUGGUUAUCAUAUUAAGAACAGUGAUAAACAGUAAACAUUAAAACAAAACACGUGUACAAUUUUCUUUUUCAUAUAGAUAAUCACAGAAUCGCAGUCAACACAUGAUGUAUCGUGACAUUUCCUUUUCGAAUGUAAAUCAGUAUACUGAUAUGCGUACUAGUCACGAAUAAUUGUACUAAUUCAUACCGAACACAAAUCAUUAGUUGUCCACUAUGGCCUAAUUUACCUUCAUAAACCAAUAUAAAUAAUUUAAAACAGACAAUAUAGAAUCAUAAAUUUUGAUCUAUUAUUAGUCAAUCAGUCAACGAUAUCUUCAACAAUGAAACUUGUAUAUGUUAUCAAAUACUUUUAAAGAUUUGAAACGCUGCAUAAUACUUGUCAUACAUCAAGUUAUUAUUAUACGAAGUUAUAUUUCAAACGAUAAGAAGAUGGAACUUUAUGCAGAAUAAAAACGAAUUAUAUGCUAAAGCUAAUUAUAGUAUUUAGUAGUUACUUAAAAAUGAUAAAAUUUCAGAUUAUUGUAUGUAUAUUAAUACAUGUAUAAGAAAUUACGAUAACAUUAUACAUAUAUAGAAAUGUAAACGUUAAGAGUAAAGUAUACAUAAUUUCUGUAAAGUAUGUUUCCAAAUCUCUGCUUCUGAUGAACGAGAUAUACAAAAUAUUUUGGGAUAUAGUAAAAAUUGGCCAUUGUACGUGCAUAUAGAAAUAUGAGUCAAUUUUCCAUAGUACAUAUAAUACUAAAAAUUAUUUUGAUUACUGUAGGUGCAUAGGAUUUCUUGAAUAGUUAUGAUUAUAUUUUCAAUAUUGUGUAUAUUUCUUCGAAAAUUGUUAUUGUAUACAUUAUAAAAGAGUAUACAUAAAGUUCCAUACUCUAAGAGUAUCUAAUGAUCAAACAAUUUUGUGUUAUUUUUUAUAAUACUAAAAAACAGAAGAAACUUAUCUUAACAAAGAUUUAUAUUUCUCAUAAUUACAAGUAGAUAAAUAUCAUAGUACAUUGUUUUUCAAGUUAAUUUCAAGCGCAACAUAUUAAAUGCUGUCAUUUAAUUACAAAAUCUUACUGCAGAAAUUUACGUUUUAUAUAAUAAAAUAUUUAAAAUAUGUAGUGAUACAUUAAAUUCUGAUUGUUAGAAUUGUUAAUAUAUUUAAUUAUUGGAUUGAUUUUUUUUUUUUUGAGAUUCAGAGUAAUUCAGGUGAUUUGUUAAUUAUUUGUUUCUAAAAUGAAACUGAGUUGGUUAAAUAAUCUAAUAUGAUUUCAAUAAUAGAUAAAACUGGGGAAAUUUUUAAUUGAUAGACUAUUGUAAGAUGAUAAUCAUAUCGUUUAAAAAAUUACAUUCUAUUAAUGUAUUAAGUGCUAUACUGCCACUUGUAAUGUUAGUACUUUAUUUAUUUUAAGUUUCAUUUUUUUACAACAAUUACUAACAAAUAUAUUGCUGUAUAUACAUAGUAUUUAAAGAAAGAUGGAAUCUUUCAUUACAUAGUAUUUGAGAGAAAUUCCUAGAUCUGAAACGUGCAAGAUAUUUGUCAGAACCUUUGCCAAGGAAUGUGAAUAUUGAACAGUCCUUUAAUAUGCUGCAUAUUUAUUGUUUAAAUGUACAAAGACAUAUUUUAGGUCAAAAUAACUGUAAUGAAAAUGUGCUUCAUUAUUAAUUGGUUCUGUUGAACAUUCCUGGACAUACAGUAUUCCUUAAUGUAUAUAGAAUAUGAAACUUACAACUAUUAUGGUGAUAAUAUAAACCUGACAGCAAUCACUUGUUAUAUCUAAUAGUAUAAGGUAAUAUUUGCUAAAUAAAUAUUAAAUGUUAA